CUCAUGACCUGGCUCGGGUUAUCUCAUCGGGAGAUAGAAUUUGAAGAGACAAUAAAUUGGUAUGCUUGCUCAUGGCAAUGUCAGUAAGCGGACGCGAAGUGUGGUGUAAAGUGUAUUAAGUUUCAGCAGCUAUCGAAGAGUUUCUUUGCGAAUAAGAGAGUAAUAAAGAUCCCACAAUGAGGCGUCUGAUCCUCAUCGCUGCCGCCGCGGCCGUCGUGUUGGCCCGCCCGGAGACGUACCGAGAGACCGAGGACUUCAAUUACUCCAGGAGUUCCAACGACGAGGGGACCAAGUCUGGCUUCUAUGCUGCCCAGAGGGGCAACAUGGGAGGCAACUACGAAAAAGCACACAACAUGGACACUGUGGCCCAGAACCAGAUGGGUACGGCCAUCACUUCAGUACAAGGCGAAUUGGGCGAAGCUGAAAAAGUGCCGACUGGAAGCGUAUACACCUCUGGCAACACAAGAGGCGUCUACGGACAUGGACUGCACUCAAGCGUUCUGCAAGGAAGGAACUUUAACGAGGGCGCGAGCCAUGCCGACUCCUUGUCGCAUUCAUCCUUGUCUUCCAUGAACUCUGGAUACGAUUCCCUCUCCCAGGCGUCUCAACAAAACUCCAGAUACAGUGGCGGAUAUGCCGCUUACAACACUAAAAACUCGGGCUACACUGGCUACCGUACAAGAGGAAGCUUAGUGCAGGCACAAAACAAUCAGGAAGCUCUCGACCAAAUCAGUGCCAGUAACAGCCAUUAUGGUCAACACAACAGCCAAGGAUCUGUACACACUAAUAUGGACUACGGUGGAUACAAUUCAUACGACCAGAGCCAAUUCAACAGACAUAAUUCACAAAGCAGGUAUGGCCUAGAAUCUGACGCUAGACAAUUGAGAACAAGUAAUGUUCCUGUAAGAAUAGUGAUAAGACCAGGAUCUACAGUAAACGUUCCCGUGUCUGCACAAAGCACCAGUUUUGUGGCAUCCACGCAUGACCAAAACGCUAUUGUCAGUGAUGCAGAAUUAUUGAGCAACGCCGACAACCAACACAUAAGCAGCUACAAACCGAAGAGCUAUGAAUCAUCUUACAGCUACCGUAAACAGUGGGAAAAGCACAGCGACAGCAACGCUGACAGUGAACCAUCAGCAGUACCGUUGGCUAUUCCCACCUUAAACCCUUACCCAAAGAAUAGCGAAUUGCUUGAAGAUGCUCAUGGAUCAUUAGCUGCAAGUCAUGGCUACCAGGGAAGUACAUUUGGUCAAACUAAUCACUACGCUGGGUACAAUGCGGCGCAUGAGUCAGCUCGAAGCCAGUACGACGCUGGUUACAACGCACAUCAGACCAAAACAGCCAGUGCUUUGUCAAAUGGAUAUAAUUCUGGUGCAUACAAUCGUUUAGACUCAAACGCUGAUCUAUCUAAACUCGUCAGUGCUGGCACGGUGCCGAAACAAUACGAAUCCUCAUAUUCUUACCAUAAAUCUUGGGAAAGGCAGGGAGAUCCCUAUGUGAUUGAGCCUGUUUCGGGCGGCACUAAAACUGCAAUGGCUUCGCAGAGAUUGAGAGCAGCUACCACUAAGCAUUCUUCACAUUCUGGAUACUCCCAGAACGCAUUAGACUGUGAUUGUGAUGAGGAGGGACAUGCACGAGUUGUCAGAUCUGCAGAUGGAGGACAACAAACAAUCCAACUUGAAAAUUUAGAAGACUUUGGUCAACAAGUACAAGACAAAUGGCACAUGGAAGAUUUUGGGCAACAGUCUGAAGAUCAAUGGCAUUCUUCAGAUUUAACACAGGAAACACAGCAAUUAAGUAAAUUGGAAGAUUUCGGACAACAGACACAAGAUUUAAGUCAAACUAAGGAAUUUGGCCAGAAACCACAAAACAAGUGGGAUUUGGAAGACUUGCAACAACAAUCACAAAAACAAUCUGAUAAAAUAGAGGACUUGGGACAGCAAACUCAGGAUAAAUGGGAUAACUUGCAUGAAUUUACUCAACAAUCCCAAAAUUUGGGAAGAUUUGAUACGCAAACGCAAGAUGGUAAGUUUAAUUAUGAUAAACAACCUGCAUGGGACUUGCACGCAAAUACAAAUGAUAAAUCAAAUGGUUUUUUUCAGCAUUCACAAAGUAGAGCUGAUGGUUUCAGCCAGCAAACACAAGGCAAUAUCGACAGAACUGAACAAUCAAGCCAAAGAAAUACUAACAACUUGCAUAAUCAAGGGACGCAGCAUGGACAGCAAAACUCGGCGCACGACACUGGUAGAUCUUAUUACGAUCAACAUACCUACAGUGCAGUAAAACCCGUGUGGGAGCAAUCUGAAGAGGGCAAUAAAGAUCUUAUGCCUUUAUGGGAUAAAAUAAAUAAUUUAGCCCUGCAGUCUUCUGCUACAGCUACCCGUAACGGAUCAUGGAGCAUGGACUCUCAACAUGCUUAUCAAAGCUGGGAGCAGCAGUCAGGUUCUUCACAAAGUACUUAUUACAAUAAUAAUGACAGAAGAGUUGGAGCUCAACCGUGGGAUUGGUCACAAGGAGAGAAACUUAACAAUAAAACAACAACAGUUGGGAUCACAGUUCCUGAUUUUGAGCCAGGGCGCGGCGACAUAGGGGCUGAUUACAACAAAAAGCCAAUUACUGACAAAAACUCGCCUGAAAUGUUUUUCUCGCAGCCUCCCAACUCGUACCACAAACAAAAUAAAACUCCGGAAGAAAUAGAAGCAUUGAGUUUAACUAAAGAAACCAAUGCAAGCAGCAAUAUAAAUAAUCAAGGAGAACAUGACUUAAGUGUCGUUGGAAUCAACAGUCAAUCUGGAAGACAUUCAGUUCAGCAGUCCAACACUGAACAGUUAACACAACAAGCUACAAAUGAAUUUGAAGGCCCACAUGAUAACUUACAAAAGAACACACAAGGCCAGGAAACAGAGAAGCACUAUGGUUAUGGUAUUGAUAAACUAGAUCAUAACAGUCAGCAAUCAUCAGGCAGCAAUUUAGCAAAAAUGGAGCAACAGGCACAAUCUAGUUGGAAUGAGAAUGAUGACUUACAGCAAUCCCAACUUACUCAGCAGACUCAAGACUUUGGUACCAUUGACCAAAAUAAACCAGACAGCUUUUAUCAGGAAAGACACUCUUCAUAUCAAAACAGUGCCCAAAGGGCGCAAGUGAAUGAGGCUGGGAAUACUGACUCUGAAAGUGUAGUGGCAGCCACCGUCACUGAGAUCACCACACCUAAACCUGGUUUCUGGAAAUCAGUUGGCAGUAAAUUUGUUGGUGCAAAAGACAAAGUUACUUCUUGGUUCAGUAGCUCUUAACUUAUUUAAGUUUAAUUAAGUAGUAGGUAUUUGAUUUACUUAUUAGUUAAUUUAUGUAACUUAAUAAAAUCAGGUUGGACUGUAGUUUUUGUAGGGCUUAUUUAUUUAGUUAAUAUCCAUUUAGCUGUGUGUCGUGUUGAUGAUGUGAAUAACAAGAUUAUGCAAAUGCCUAGUCAUAAUCAAAUAAAAAUUGUAUUAUUGUUUGCUCAUAAUGAUAAAAUAUAUGAUAAGUAUAUAAAUAUUAA